AUGAGCGUAUCCUCUCAUGGAACCACCCCUGGACGAAAGAGGAUCUCCCGAAACUGGACGGAGCUUCCUGAUAAUGCUACCGCUUCGAUCUCACGGCUCGGAGCGAUCGAGAUCCUGGAGAGCGCUCAGAAAGUGUGCAUGAAAUGGCGCAAAGUCUGCAAGGACCCUCUCAUCUGGCGCAAGAUUGACAUGCGCAACGAUGGCGAUCUCGAAGACAUGGACUACGACUUGGAGGAGAUGUUCCGCCACGCCGUUAAUCGGAGCUCUGGUAAUCUGGUCGAUAUUAACAUUGAGUACUUCGGCACCGAUGAGCUGCUUGAGUAUAUCACUGAUAGGUAUGAACUUGUUUGUGUUGGAUGUUUUGAUCUGUUUAGAAUUUCUUG